AGGCCCUUCUGCUCUCCCCAGCGCGGCAACUCAGUCAGGAGCUAGGUCAUCAAACUACUAUUCCCAGGCCACCUCAAGGGUUCCCAGGGUACUUUGCGAAGGCAUGGCGGGGAGAAUGUGAAUGUCAGCGUAGAAGGUACUCAAAGAGCAUUUUAGUUUAAGUGGGAAGAGGAGAGAGGGGAAGGUAGACGUCAGCUUCCCUGAGGAGACUUUUCGUCUUAAUGUACGAUAUCGGAGCUAACAUUUUUACCUAAUACGCUGCGUAAUGUGAGUGUAUUGACUUGUGAACCUGUCCGCUGGGUGUGUAGUGUGAUUGUGAAGCUUUGCUGGUUGUAGUUGACAUCGUCCCUCAGCGGAGCAGUUUCCUAUGAACAUGAUUUGUACCUUUCUCCGAGCUGUACAGUAUACGGAGAAGCUGCACAAGUCCUCAGGAAGGCGACUGUUUUUGCCAUACUUUGUGCUUAACAAGGCUUGCUUGAAGACUGAGUCCAAUUUGAGAUGGGGGCUUCAAGAGCAGAAGAAAACCGUGCAACCUAGAUGUGUUCUUGGAGUCACCCAGAAAAACAUCUGGACUCAGGGACCGAGGCCCUGGAAAGCAAAGGAGGAGGAUAGUAGCAAACAAGUGUCUGUACAAAGAAGUCAGAGAGAGGAAACUGCUGUCUCAACGUCACAGAAAGUGAAAGAAGCAGGAAGAGAUUUUACCUAUUUAAUAGUGGUGCUUAUUGGAAUCGGCAUUACAGGUGGCUUGUUUUACACAGUUUUCAAAGAACUUUUUUCUUCCUUCAGUCCUAAUAAGAUAUAUGGGAAAGCCUUAGAAAAAUGCAGAACACAUCCCGAGGUGAUCAGCGUCUUCGGUGAGUCCAUUAAAGGCUACGGGGAGGUGACCAGGCGAGGCCGGAGACAGCACGUCAGUUGUGUUGAAUAUGAGAAAGAUGGGCUAAGACACUCGCGUGUGAAGUUCUACAUUGAAGGCUCUGAGCCCAGGAAGCAGGGAACGGUGCACGUGGAAGUGAAAGAGAACCCAAAAAGCGGUGAAUGUGAUAUUCGAUACAUAUUUGUAGAAGUUGAAUCCUACCCUAGAAGAACUAUUGUCGUUGAAGAUAAUCGAUUCCAAGAAAACUAAAAGAAGCAAGCACGCUGUUGCCGGACGGGUGUGGAUUGGUGCCAGUUCACUACUCUGAUCUUCACAGCUCUCUUCCGGAAUCUGUUC